AGAUGAUGCCGGGACCUCAUAAAAAGCAAGCUACAAGGCUGCUCUCUCUAUAUAAGCUCAAAUUUCUUUUCAUUUUUCAAGCUAACAUGGUUUUCUUUGACAUCCACACAAAGAGCUAGUAUAGCAAUAUUACUUUUAGUUCCUGGCUGAAAAGGAGAACAUCUUCAGAUGUCUAUUAUAAAUACAUCCGCACCCGGCAAUGAGUUUCUUAUUAAGCUUGGUGCCCGAGGGAAUCUUUCAUUUGGAGUCGAGAAUUGGGAUGAGGUGUUCAAUGGUAAGCUCAGGCAAAUUCUAAUCUCACAUGGAGAUGCCAUCAACUCCAUCCAAGUGUCAUACAGUACUACCCCAGGAGAGAGAUUAGUUCUUGCUCAUAAGCAUGGGGGAGAUGGAGAUGAAUUUGAUUGCGUUAAUUUAGAGUCAUGGGAGAGUCUUACCAUGGUGAAGGGAUACUAUGGGCCUGUCAGGAGAAAUGAUCCAAGUGUUGUACGAUCACUCACUUUUGGCACCAAUGGAGCCACAUAUGGACCCUUUGGCACCGAGGAGGGGAUACCCUUUUGUUUCCAUAUUCCUUCUGGUGUUAGUUUUGGGGGCUUCCAUGGGUGUUCGGAUGGCCGUUAUCUUCAUGCGAUUGGCAUAUAUAUCAAGUCCACGGCUAGACAUCAUCUUGGGCCAAAACCUGAACGAGUUUACUUUGGACGCUCUGUUCAUUCGGUGGAGUAAGUGUAGAAAGCUGCAAGUUUUACUGAUAUUUUUCUCGUGCGUCGCAUCCCAUGGUUGUCAAUGCCCUUCAGCCAAAGCGUUGAGCAUGGAUCUGCUAACGUGAUGACCAUAUCCGGGUUCGACUGCUGCAUGCACAACAAAUCUUGAUGUAAACUUCUUGACGUACCGAGUUCAUUGCAUCCCAUGAUGAUAGAUUCAUGGAAAUAAAUUUCCUUUUGAUGUAAUUAUUUGAGGACUUCUUCCACUUUGGAAAAGCGCUCACAAUUGAUAUUGCACUUUGUUUUUGCUACUUCCAUAAUGUAUCUGGUCGAGAACAACAAAAGAGUUUCACCAUAUGGGCUUAC